ACGGUGGGAUAUUUUAUUGGAUGUUACAUUGUCAUUAAAUAAUUAUCAUUUGAAUUAUAAGUCAUUUUUAUGUGUUCUGCAAUUUUUUUCAUUUCAGUUACGAUAAUUACUUUGUGUAUUAUAGUUAUAAAUCGACUUGUAAAUUUAAAUUGUAUUUAGAUACGAACAGCACUAUGCGGGUGACGUGCGCACAUCUCGUCGGUAUUAUAUUGUUAGUCAACACUUUAUUGGCUCUUCUCGUGUCGAUUACUACGCCAUUUUGGGUAGCAGAUGAGACUUCAGAAAGUCAUUAUGGCCUCAUUGCAGCAUGUUCGGAUGAAUGUGAUUGGUAUUUUGAGGAGGAUUUUGGCACAUAUAAACGAUUACCGGACUGGUUUAAGGCAGCGCAGGGUUUGAUGGUUAGCGGACUUGCCACUGAAUUGAUAGCUUUGAUUGUGGCAAUAUUGUCUGCAUGCACAAAAUGUUACAGUUGCAGUCCACAUCGUCUUACUGCGGGGUUUCUCUUGGUGUCUU